GGGCGUACAAAGAAAGGGGAGUAGCGCGAAGGACCGGGACUUUGAAGCUGUUUUAUAUAAUUGGAUUGUAUUCUGUCCUUUUAAUACAACCUUGUAUGUUUACAUAUUUUAGUUGAUUUAAAAGACGAUGCGUAUUUCGCGGAGGCGCGUCGACAUAAAGAUUUGCAGAACAUCAAACAUUCAAUGCACAUGAGCAUCACUUUUCGCCAAGAAGACUCCAAUUCGUGCGCGAGGAAAACUGCGACUAACGAGGAAUCGCUUCGUAAGAUCACCACCACCCUGGCACUGAAGAAUGAGGAGAUUACAAACUUCAUUUGCUGUCAGAAACAGAGCCUGGAGAACCUGGAGGGUAACUCCAGCCGUGUCCAGGAGGACCUGGAGACAGAGUUCAGCUCCCUCCACUCAGUACUGGACGAUAUAAAGGACAGCAUGGUCACCAGGAUCAAACAGGAGAGGGCCAGCCGCACCUAUGAGCUACAGAGUCAGCUGAGUGCAUGCUCCAAAGCCCUGGAGAGCUCCGAGGAGCUUUUGGAGGUAGCCAAUCAGACUCUCUGCUCCUCGGAAGCAGACGACUUCACUCAGGCGGCCAAAGACAUUAAGGAUAGUGUGACAAUGGCCCCAGCCUUCCGUUUGUCGCUGAAAGCCAAAACCACUGACAGCAUGAGUCACAUGAUGGUGGACUUCACCCAAGAGAGGGAGAUGCUGCAGGCCAUCAAGUUCCUCCCAGUGCCUGCGACCCCAGAGAUUCUGGUGUCAGAGUGCCAGGUGUGUGACAACACGGUGAUGGUACAGUGGGCUCUGCCUGAGCCCGACAGCAAGAUAGACCACUAUGACCUGGAAUACCGCCGCACCAACCAUGAGGGGCCGCCUCGCACCCGAGAGGACUACCCAUGGAUGGUAGUGGAGGGCAUCCGCGAGACCGAGUACACCCUUACAGGGCUUCGCUUCGACACACACUACAUGACGUUCCGUGUGAAGGCGUGUAACAAGGCUGUGGCAGGAGAGUUCUCUGAGCUUGUAACACUGGAGACACAUGCUUUCCUGUUCAAGCUGGAUGCAGGCUCGGCUCAUCAGAACCUGAAGGUGGAGGACCUCAGUGUGGAGUGGGACAGCUGCGGGGGGAAGGUCAUCCAGGACAUCCGCAAGGACAAGAACAGAACCAACCAAUCUCCAAUGCACUCACCUGCCAGGACAGCCAUGAAUUCACCUAAGAGAGUGCCGUCUGCUCGGGUCGGCAGAGACCGAUUCACGGCUGAAUCCUACACUGUACUGGGAGACACUUUUAUCGACGCAGGCCAGCAGUAUUGGGAGGUGCGUUUCGAUAAGGAAAGCAAGGCGUUCGCUGUGGGCUUGGCCCUGCGGAACCUGGGCCGCUUUGACCAGCUGGGGAAGAGCAACGCAUCAUGGUGCAUCCACCUGAACAACUGGCUGCAGCAGAGCCUCACAGCCAAGCACAACAACAAGGCCCGCACCCUGGACUGUCCCAUCCCCGACCGCAUAGGGGUCUACUGCAACUACGAGGAGGGUGCACUGUCUUUCUACAAUGCCAGAACCAAGACACUGAUGCACACUUUUAGAACCAAGUUCACACAGCCUGUCAUACCAGCCUUCUCGGUGUGGAAUGGGAGUUUCUCAGUGCAGACGGGUCUGCAGGUGCCCAGUGCCGUGCAGAGCAGCCAGAGGAAGAACAGUGGUACCAGCAGCUCCAACACCAGCCUUACCUAGACCCAGCCAGAACCAACCGCUGCAGCAGAACUUUACCCCAUUAAGCUGUAUGGUGGUAGGAGCUCAAACUGGUCCCAGCGCUGCUCACCCAAACCCCCCCAAUACACACCACACCUGCCUGGGGCAAUGGGUCCUACUCUGCCUGAUCCCAAUCAGCUCACUACACUCCCUGUGCCUUCCAGACAGGUGCCCUCAUCAGUGUAUCAGGACUGAUUCAUAAAGUAAUUUCAUUCAUAUCCCUAAUUCAACAAAGGGUUACCAAUAUAUUAGGGGCUAGGCACAAUAUAUGUUAAUAUUUCAAUGCAUCAGACAGACCCCAAUGCAACUAAAAACAGUCCAUAUAACGUGGUUGUAGUACAGUAGUCAUUAAUACAUACUGAAUGUUUGGAAUCCUCUGCCUCUUAUUUUGCUAGUUGCUUCUCAGUACAGAAGCACCUAAUUUACCUGUAUAACCCAAAUAACUUUGUAGCAAAACGACCUGCUUAUAGUCACAAGUUUAUUGCUACGUAAGAAUGUAUUGAAUCACCAGCAGCUGUGUGGACCAGUGGAGACACAGAUGGAAAUACAGUACUGCUGAUUGGAUCUUGGAGAAGGGUUGGAAUGGGUCGGAGGGUCUGAAUAUUGUAUUGUAACAUGUGUUGCCCUGACUUGUCACCGUUUAAUCACCACCUGAAGUGAGGAGAGAAACCAUUUUAUUAGCUGGGUGAGGACUUCCUGGAAAAGAGACAUUCCGAGAUGUUGUUGCUGCAAGUGUUUACCGAUGUUAACACCAGUCCUUAUUCAUGUCACCUGAUCUGUAAACUCAGUGCUGGGUGCUAUUAUUUUAAAGACAGUCUACGUUUUUGUCAUGUUGAUGGUACGCAUCAGAUGAAUAUAACCUGCAAUGCUUUAAAGCUUCCACUGGAGAAUAUGUUUUACCUCUUGGCUUAAAACAUUUGACAAUGUAAAUAUGUUCCUUUAAUUUUUACACUACAGUAUGUAUGUCUGUCACACAGUUAAUAAAGCAGUAAGACAGCC